GCCCAGUUCACAGCACAGCCAGCGUUGGCAUUGACCCCGCCCGAAACGCACGAGAUGGGCGCCGACGCGGCAGCUCCCAAGCUCGUGAUUCGCUGAAGACGGCCCAAGACGCCGGCAUUGUCUCACGCCAUUCACAUGCAGACGCUGCAGAGGUUAGGGUUAAGGGGGCGUUCUUCGCGGCCAGGCCAGGUGGGCAUAACCCAGGAGGAUUCAAAUGGCGCCCGUCGCCAGUGGCCAUUGGCUGCUGUCUAUCGCCUUGCAGAAGCGCAUCGGGUCCAGCGCGUCUUGGCCUCCUAGUGACAGCCUCGACAGCCUCGCCUCGCCGCAUCUCAUCCAGGCCGGAAAUCUCUCAACAAUGAAUAAUGAAUGCCCUUAAUACUCUUUGAGGUGGAUUGCCUUUGCCGACUCGGAAGUGCUCAUCCCCCUCGACCAAAUUUCCGGAAUGGCGUCAAGAUCCCAGAUAUUGUCGCUCGGCUCGGGGACGAGCCGAGACGACCUCGCCGACACGCUGGAGAAAAUUGUCAUAUCGACCGGCCGCAACUCGGGUGGCAGAGAUAGCUUGAUGUUAGCCGACGAGCUCGAGUGGGACCAUGACCCCAACGAACCGGCCGAGGAAGCCUCGUGGCCUGCGCCGGGCAGUAACCUCGUCCGCGACCUGGCAGAGGAGGUCAAGAUUCACUACGCCUGCCGUAUUUGCGAACAGAGAGGAAGCCCCAGCCAGUUUGUCUUUUGUCGCGGCUGCGGGCCGGCGAGACGCUCAAAAUGGCCUGCCCAUCGCAGUUGUCUUUCCCGGAAUCGUGACCAUUGCCCCGACGCUGACGAUGGCUACGACGAUGAUCCGGAUUUCCCCCGCUGCGAGGAGAUAGACUACAAGACGGUCGUCUACACAACCUGGCUACUGGACUCGAGCCGCGUGAAGCGCGAAGAGGUCACUUCGACCCACCUCGACGACCUGUGGUCUACCUGGUUCGGAGUUCCUCGCAACCAGCCUGGCCCCUAUCCCCAACUCUACAUUUACCCUAGGCUCGAGGCCCUGCUGUCAGAGACGACUACCAAGCCUACGCGCCAGUACCCAAGAGUCAUAUCCUUCGUUGGAGAUACGGGCUCGGGCAAAAGCACCCUGAUUCGCGCCAUGAUCCGCAUGGCGGCUCCCCGCCGAAGGUUCGACUUUCGCGUCCCUGUUCCAGGCGUGGUCGAUGAUGAGUUUGAUUCCACCAGCUCCGACGUUCAUGUCUUUGCAGACCCCGUGACCAUCUCGACAGAGGAUCCGCUGUUCUUUGUUGAUAGCGAGGGAUUUUCGGGCUCGGACAAUCCCGUCUCGCGCAGAGUCCAUUCUGACGCCAGCAAGGACUUCCUCAAUAAAAUCGGCCUCGGCGGUGUUCAUGGCCAAACGGCAUACGAGCAGUAUUGGGAACAUAGCGAGACGGCUAUGAACGAAAUUGACCUGCAGUGGGGAGAAAUCGACUUCGCCACUUACUACCCUGACAAACGCGGCCAUGUUACCCCUGAUACCCGGAAUAAGGUGGUGAAACACGUCUAUCCAAGACUUCUCUAUGCUUUCUCAGAUGUCAUCUGCUUUGUAACAAACAACACCAGGGCCGCCCACGAUAUCCUCGAAACGCUGUUCGCAUGGGCCAAGGACGGCCAUGAAAAGACCCUCAACCAGCGUGUGAGGCCCGGGCUGAUCAUCAUACUCAACAAGAUGCCGCCGCAGCAGCGCGUUGGCGACGAGCGGAGCGCAACCGAGAGACUCCUUCGCAGCUUUGAAGGGUCAAGUCGGUUUACCGAGCUUCGUCGAAAGUGGCAUCACCGGGGCAAGACGAUAAACAACGCAGAGGAGCUCGUUCUCUGCUAUUACGACUUCUUCCGCGUCAUCUCGAUUCCCACAUUCAACCGGGAUCCGACGACAACCAACCAGAUAUCCGUCCAGAUCAAGGGGCUGUACAACGAGAUCCGACUUCUCUCGGACGGCAUCCGCAACAAACGGCGAUCGUUUAACAUGGACCUCGACUUACCGAGUCUCAAUGCUUAUGUCGCCAAGUCAGCCACCAUUUUAGGUCGCGACUACCGGGACUCGCUGGACCUGCACCAAGUGGUAGGUCGAGAUGAUGGCCUACCGACCUCGUUUGGAGAGCACAUGACGGGAGUCUUGUGGAAUAUGGCCAAGUCCAGGAGCCUCGAUGACACGGAGAUGGUCGGUGGCGAGGCCGAGCUCUUGGCGGAUAUAGUUCCGUACCUGGCCGCUUGCAUCGUUGCCCAAGUCCGGUCGGCCGAGCCGCAGCACGCCCAAAGAAGAAAAGAGGAGCUCGAAGACGAGACACGACGCGGCCUUCAGUGGUUCCGAAAUAGGUACUGGCGUUGCGAAGCCAAGGACAGCUUCGGCCGCAGAUGUACAAAUUACUUGGAAAGUCAUGAAAAGGGCCACCAGUUCAUCCACAAGGCCCGGUCCCGAGAGAGCUACUCUAGCGGCAAUUCUUACGAUGACUGGGACGACGAUGACUCGCUGGAAAUUGGCCGAUACCGCGACUCGUACGACGCCGACAUCUUUUUUGAGCAGCUGUGGUCCGAGAUGUCGCGCCUCAAGAACCAAGAAGACAUCCACGGCCGUCUAGCAUCGGCUGCCAGAGACUGCGGCGUUUCUAAGAUCAGCGGCCAGAGGACCUGCCUGUCCUGCCUGUCAAAGUGUCCCACAAACAUGCUGCCCUGCUAUCCGCUGCAGCAUGGCAUCUGUGAAAACUGCAUCGAAAGGUCCAGCCAGUUGGAACCGGGGGACUCGAUAGCUCACAUCAGAGCUUGCCCGCUGGGCUGUCGCUUCACAGUAUCGCCCUGGACUAUUCGAAUAAAACCAAGAUUUGCCGGCGCGCGCAUUCUAAGUCUUGACGGUGGAGGGAUUCGCGGCAUCGUCGAGCUCGUUAUUCUGUCCGAAAUUCAAAAAACAGUUGGCCUGGGCAUACCUAUCCAGGACCUCUUCGAUCUGGUAAUAGGCACAAGCACAGGUGGCAUUAUCGCUCUAGGCGUCUUUGAGAAGCAUUGGACUCUUGAUCACGCAAAGAACCUCUUCAGGGCCCUGGCAAAAGACUCAUUCACCCUGAGACCCAGGCUCUCUGUUCCGGUGCUAUCUGGGAUGAUAGAGCCUUUUCUGGACCAUCGCUAUACCAACUCCGGCAUUGAGGGCACUCUGCGGGAAAACUUGGGGGAUGAUUUUCUGUUCGGCCAAUCCAAGAGGGCUUCUCCUCGCAGCACCUCUACUACUACAAUCCCGCCUGGAGACGCGACCAAGGUCGGGGUCAUAACCUGUGUUCAAGGCCGGAAUCAGACUUGCUUACUUGCCAACUACUCGCGAGACCCUCGGAGGCAGAUCAACAAGGAGGGGAGGAAGACCUUCGACUAUCUUCACCGAGAAGACAAGCAAGGGGACGACUUUCAAAUAUGGCAGGCCGCCCGAGCCACAUCUGCGGCACCGAUGCUAUUUAGACCUUACCGCCAUAUUGCCACGGACAAGUCUUAUAUCGACGGCGGAGUGGUGCGAAAUAAUCCCGUCACCCUGGCUAGUAACGAGGCGAAACGAAUAUGGAACUCGACCAAGCCCCCCGAUAUUAUCGUCUCCGUCGGGACGGGCAUCCAAGUCGACGCAGACGGGCAAGUGGUCGAGGUAGCUGACGAGCACGUGGCGCAUUUGAAAAGGCUGCUUCCGCGGGGUCUGCGCCGCAAGGUUGAGCUUGGUCUUGACAUGAUCAGAGCUACCCUCGACUGCCAUCUCGAGUGGUCCAACUUCAAGAGUACCCUCAACGGCACCCUCAACCGAAAUAGCCACCGCCUCGACGUCGGACUCAUGCGCAAGCCGCCUAAUCUGGACGACGUCGGCGGGUUGGUAAUCCUACAACACGAGAGCGAGACGUACCUCUCCCCCAGCUCCAAGGGUGUAAAGUAUUUGGAUCAGCAAUAUCCUCGUGCCAACAAGCAUAUCCUGGCAGUUGCCCGCCGACUGCUUGCCUGCCUGUUCUUCAUCUCGGGCCGUCUUCCUAAGGACAUGAGCCCGGGCCGGUACAAGAAGAUGCUACACUGCCGGCUCAACCCACAGUCUGAGGGCGCGAGGGCGCUGCUCGCUCUCGAGCCCAAGUUUCGCCUCCGCGAGACGAGCGCCAACACGCGCGACAUCGUCAAGCCUGUCCGCCACGUGACCGCCGCCGGAUUCGAUCGCCAGAAACUCUCGAGUCAGGUCAUGUUUGACGUAUCCGAGGGGCAGUACGAGCGGCUGAUCGAGGUCCAGUUCCCGAGCCGCGGGCCAGACUGGGAGCUGUGGGAGCCUAUCGGAGGUUUCUGAUACUCGAUAAUGCGUGUACCUGAGAAUUGCAGGCGGGAAAGAAGGAAUGUAGUAUUUGGGACUGUUUAUUUGACUGCUGUCUACGAUACGGCCGUACAUGAAUUACGUUGAAUGACUGGGCGCCGGGCGGAGUCUUUGGUUCUUUGGACAAGGCAAACAACAAAACAGCACCAGCGUGUGGCCGAUGAGCGACGACGAGGGUACGAUUGUCGGGCACCGCACCAACGACGAGCUAAGGGAGGCGAAGGAGCGUGGCAGCCGUGAUAAUACUAAUAUGGUAUGAGUAUCUGGAAUAUCGCGGCCGGGGCAGACACUGGUCGACAGGAACCAAAAGAGAAACUCGCCAGGUGCUCAUGGCAACUUGUAUUUUUAAUUUUCUAGCCGAAUAUCAGAUAAUUGAUUAAU